AGUUGCCAGGUCACCACUGUUGUAUCCCAGCAGAGGGUUCCUAAGACCUUGAGAGCAGGUUUAAACGCAUCUCCUGCCCAUUGUACCGGGGUGUGAUUUCCUGCCGGUCUUUUUAUCUGAUCAGCAGACACAGAGGCCACACUCGUCGAGGCCAGAACAGUCUUGGCCGAAGAAAACUCACUAGGCAGAGACGGGAUGCAAAGAUGGCCCUACACCCACAGGCCGGAAGGCCUCACAGAGAUGGAAGGCUGGGACAUCGGGCUGCUCGAAGACCCCGAAGGGGUAUAGGGACUACAUCUGCCUCAAGGGUUCCUCGCCCUGGUGCCCUUAUGCCUGCAACACGAAACCGUCCAAGAUUCAUCCACUGCCGGGGUCAGCCCCCUCGAACCCGUGUCAGCUCCAAGAGAUCCAAACGGUCCAGAAUCCAUCCGUGCCACACUGAGGUGCCAGGCUGGACCCAUGAGAAACAGAUGGGGAGCAGCGUCAAGGAAAGGCUCCGGCCUGAGCUAAGUCAGCUGGACCAAGAUGCAGACGACCUGGAGGAAGAAGAAGCUGCCAGACUCCCAGUGACCUCCCCGGACGGGCUCCUGAUGGAAGGAGACAAGCAGCCCAGUCCCGGUCAGGGCCCUUUCUUCUACAUUGGAGGCACCAACGGAGCAUCAAUAAUCAGCAACUACUGUGAGAGCAAGGGCUGGCAACGCACUCAGGACAGCCACUGUGAGGACUACAAGCUAAAGUGGUGUGAGAUCAAGUGCAGGGACAACUACUGCAGCUUUCGGGAAGGCCAGCAGUUGCUGUUCCAGCUCCCCAACAACAAGCUUCUUACGACCAAGAUCGGGUUGCUCAGUGCUCUGCGGGAGCACGCACGCACUUUGAGCAAAGCCAGGAUGCUGCCCAGUACCCAAACCAAGGUCCUGAAAAUGGAAGAGUUUUUUCCAGAGACCUAUCGGCUGGACAUCAGAGACGAGAGGCAGGCUUUCUUCGCUCUAUUUGAUGAAACCCAGAUGUGGAUCUGCAAACCUACGGCCUCCAACCAGGGAAAGGGCAUCUUUCUGAUCAGGAGCCAGGAGGAGGCUGCUGCCCUGCAGGCCAAGACCCAGAGCAUUGAGGAUGACCCCAUCUACCGCAAGAUGCCCUUCCGUGCACCACAGGCGCGAGUGGUGCAGAGAUAUGUCCAGAACCCGCUGCUGCUAGAUGGGAAGAAGUUUGAUGUGCGCUCCUACAUGCUCAUUGCCUGUGCCAUGCCUUACAUGGUCUUUUUUGGCCAUGGCUAUGCCCGCCUCACCCUCAGCCUGUAUAACCCUCAUUCCAGUGACCUCAGUGGUCAUUUGACCAAUCAGUUCAUGCAGAAGAAGAGCCCCCUGUACACGCUGCUGAAGGAGAGCACCGUGUGGACCAUGGAGCACCUCAACCGAUACAUCAAUGACAAAUUUAGGAAGACCAAGGGCCUCCCCAGAGAUUGGGUCUUCACCACCUUCACGAAGCGGAUGCAGCAGAUCAUGUCCCACUGCUUCCUGGCUGUCAAGUCCAAGCUGGAGUGCAAGCUGGGCUACUUUGACCUCAUUGGCUGUGACUUCCUGAUUGAUGAAAACUUCAAGGUGUGGCUGCUGGAGAUGAACGCCAACCCUGCCCUGCAUACCAACUGUGAAGUCCUGAAGGCAGUGAUCCCCGGAGUGGUUAUAGAGACCUUGGACCUGGCGCUUGAGACCUGCCAAAAGAGCUUGCACAGUCAGAAGAUGCUGCCUCUGCUGUCACAGCGUCGCUUUGUGCUCCUUUACAACGGGGAGACUACGGACUUGUGGCCGCGCUUGGCGAGCUCGCGCCCACUUAACCGCUUGCCUAACCCUCACCCUAACCCUAACCCUAACCCUCACCCUCACCCUCACCCUCACCCUAACCCUAACCCUCACCCUCACCCUCACCCUAACGCUAACCCUCACCCUCCCCGGCCCACCUGUGAAGCCGCAUCCUCUGCGCUUUCCUCCGCACGGGCCGCUAUCUCAGAACGGCCUGGUGCACGCAAGUCGAUGCCCUCCAGGGGAGCUCCCGUGUGCACACCCCGCAAAUCGCGGCUGUCUGACUCGAGCGGUAGCUCCAUAGCGGAGUCUGAGCCCUCUCUCUGUUCUGGGUCCCUGGAAGGCAGCAGGGACACAGCCCGGGAACCCUCCCUGGGUCCGCCCGAGGAGGAGCGCGAGGAGGAACAGAGAAGUACGAGCCAUCGAGGCUCCUAGCAGCCGCAGCAUCCAGCGGCCCUGCACCUUGCUGUGCCCUCUCCGGGACCUAUAAAAGCUACUUUGUGACAAACGC